CUUUUAGUUUGAGUUUAGUGCUUGGUGUUGUUGGUCGUUUAAGCGGACGAAACUGAAAUAAAAUAAACGAGCGUUUAACAAAAAGAAAAAAACAAGAUCACGAUCGUAUAAGAAAAUUAUAAAUACAUACACAAAAGAAAACUUGUUGCCGGGAAUUGAAAAAAAAGAAACUGUUGAACAAGUUUAGAAUUAAAGAAAAAUAACAAAAAUUAGUUUUUUUUAUAAACAAAAAAUAAUAAGUAAAAAUACAACAAAUUUUUGUGUGCCUUAAGUAAAUUUUAUCAAAAAUGCUUUUGGUAACCAAUACACUAUUAUAUGAGUUAAAUACAUAAAAUUUGUUUAAUGAAAAAAUUACAACUACUACUACCACUACAAUUGUUAACAACUUCACAUUGGUAUGUGUUUAAUUUAGAAAAACCACUAUUUUUACCUGGAUUUACCUGUUUUAAACUAAACAACAACUAUACUAAAUAAAACAAAUACGAUAAAAACAACAACAACAACUAAAGUUUAACAGAAAAAGUAACACAAAAAAAGAGAAAGAGAAAAAGAGUCAAAGUAAAAGAUUUGGUUGAAAAAAAGUUAACAAAAAUUCAGAUUUUCAUUAGACGUGGUUUAGAAUAAAAUAAAAAAAUAAUUUUUAAUAAAUUUCAACAAAAUAAAUAACAGUAAAUUUAGAAUAAUAUAAAGAAAAAUAACUUUUAUUAAAAAAAAUAAAUUAAAGUGAAGUGGCAAUUUGUUGUUUUUUUUUGUUUAUAACGGUUGCCAUGAAACUAAGAUGACGUUAGCAGACGUCACUUCUACACCACGAAAAAAGUAAACAAAUUAACAUAAAUUAGCUAAAGAAAAAGUAGAGCAAUUGAAUUUAAAGAAACAAAAAGCUAUUUUACAAAAUAAAUAUUAAUUUUAAAAUAAAUAAUACAAAAAUAUACAUAAAUCCUAAAACAGUUAACUUGAAUAGUUAUCUACUCUCAUCUCGAAUACUGGGUGACUCACGUAAAUUUAAUACGAAGUAAAAAUAAAAAAAAGAAAUUCACACACAAAAUGCUAAAUUUUAAAAAAUCCUAAAAUCGACAAAUCAAGUUUUAUACUAAUUGUUAAGAAAAUUUCAACUGCUUAAGAAAAAGCAGUGUAAUGCUAUAAAAAUGGUUUCCUCAACGAACUCAGUACUACAACCACGCCUACAGCCCACCACAAUAACGUCAAACAACACAACAGAAAAUGCCAGCGAGGAAAAUGAUAACUCCUGCCUACAUGCACAUCCGCAACAGAUUUACAAACAUUACAGCCGAAGGAAAUACCUGCCGUUUGUGAUAAGUUUAGUGAUAAUUGUCAGUUUUUUACUACCCGCCCAUGUAUUAUCAACAAGAUUAACAAGUAAUCCACCAAAUCAUUCCUCCUAUGAUGCCUCAAAAUAUUUUGCGGAUUUAUUAGCCUUAAGCUCGUCCAGCAGCAAUCAACAGACAUUACGUUCUAAACGUGAUUCAGUGGCGGCUUUAUAUUCCGGUCUACCCUCAACACGUAGUGGCAAUUCAGCCAUUUACUUUGGCCAGUCUUCGAAUAAUGUCAAUUCCAAUGAAAUUCUUUACUCGGUGGAUAAUCGCAAGCCUGCCUUUAAAAAUUGUGCCGGCUAUAAGCCUUCCGUUAAGGAAGAACAACCGGAAAAUACCUAUGUUAUUAUGGUGGAGGCCGAGGAUCCUGAUCCAGAACAAGAAAUCAAAUACAGUUUAGUACAAUCGGCUGCUGAACGUCCGAAAUUUCGUAUUAAUCCUACAACGGGUGUUAUUGUUACCGAACACACUUUCGAUCGUGAUGAACCUAUACACGAAAAAGCAGUCUAUGUUACAGUACAAGCCACCGAUAAUGGGCGACCACCUUUGGAUGAUGUCUGCACCUUUAAAGUAACCAUCGAGGAUAUCAAUGACAAUCCACCGGUAUUCAAUAAGGCUCGUUAUGAAGAGUCUAUGUCGGAAGAUAAACAGCCGAAUGCUGUGGUUAUGCGUAUCACUGCUAGUGAUUUGGACGAUGGUAAUAAUAGUAUUAUAGCCUAUGAAAUUUUACCUGAACGUGAUCAUUCUUACUUUACUAUCGAUAAGGAUGCUGGUAUUAUACACCUAAAUAGACCCAUAGAUAAAAGACCCGGACAAUAUUAUACCAUAACGGUGCGAGCCUAUAAUAUUGUACCCGAUCCACCUCAAGAUGCUCAAAUUGAAGUACGCAUACGCGUAGUCGAAUCGAAUAAACGACCACCCUCAUUUAUAGAUCCUGUCGAUGGUCCCAUAUUCCUUAAAGAAAACUUUAGUGAUUAUUCUAUACCGAUAGUUAAGCUUAAGGCCGUUUCGAAUGUUCCCAAUAAGCCGGAAGUUAUAUUUGAAUUGAUAACGGGACGUACGGAACAAACGAAUAGUAAGAAGACUUUUGUUUUCGAUCAAAUCGAUGAUACGGUAGUUAUUAGUUUAGGUAAAUCAUUAGAUUAUGAAGCUGUCACCGAUUAUACUCUAACCAUGAGUGCUCGUAAUACUUAUGAUUUGGCAGCCGAACAUGUUUUAAAGAUUAAAAUCGAAGAUGUUAACGAUAAUAUACCAUAUUUUACGGAAGUCAAAACGGGCACUAUAUUGGAAAAUGAACCGGCCGGUACACCAGUAAUGCAGGUACGUGCUUUCGAUAUGGAUGGCACAGAGGCCAAUAAUAUCGUUUCUUUUGAAUUGGCCGAUAAUCGUGAGUUUUUCGCCAUUGAUCCUCAUACGGGCAACAUUACCGCACUCACCACCUUUGAUCGUGAAGAAAGAGAUUUUUAUAAUGUUAAAGUUAUAGCCAGUGACAAUUCGCCCUCUUCGCUCAUUAAGAACGGUGAACCUAAUCGUGGUCAACAGGUAUUUCGCAUAGAAAUAGCAGAUAAAAACGAUCAUAAGCCUCAUUUCCAAAUGUCAGAAUAUGUAGCCGAUAAACUACCCGAAGAUGCCAAUAUCAAUUUCAUAGUCAUUGAGGUGACGGCAGAGGAUGAAGAUAAUGCUUCACAAAUUAAAUACACCAUCGAAAGUGGCAAUGUGGGUAAUGCCUUUAAGAUUGAAGAACAAACUGGUAAAAUUACCGUCAACUCUAGACUAGAUUAUGAGAAUAUCACCGAGUAUAUGUUGAAAAUAAGAGCCUUUGAUGGUAUAUUCGAUGAUCAUGCCACUGUGAUAAUAAAAAUCGAAGAUGUCAAUGAUAAUCCACCGGUUUUUAAAGAGAAAUAUUCCAUAACCAUACGUGAAGAACAGAUCUUUGAUUAUUGUAUUUUGAAUAUUGAAGCCUAUGAUCCGGAUAUUAAAGAUCGUACAGCAGAUCAGCAUAUUAAGUAUUUUGUGGUUAAAGAUGAUCAUAAAAAGAUGUUGACUAUAGAUGAUAGUGGCUGCUUAAAGUUAAUACAACCACUCGAUCGUGAUUUACCUAAUGGUCAUAAGUCUUGGGGUGUUUUAAUUGCGGCCGUAGAUGAAGAUGGUAGCGGUUUAAAGAGUGUAGCCUCGGUGGAUAUUAAUUUAGAAGAUAUCAAUGAUAAUGCUCCUUAUCUCAUUAAUAAAAUGCCGGUUAUAUGGCAAGAAAAUCGUAAUCCUGGUCAAGUGGUACAACUGCAGGCUAACGAUUAUGAUGAACCUCAAAAUGGUCCUCCGUACACCUUUGGCAUUGACAGUGAAGCUUCGCCUGAUAUUAAAACGAAAUUUAGCAUAGACAAUGAUUAUCUCUUUGCCAAUGUACAGUUUGAUCGUGAAGAGCAAAAGGAUUAUUAUAUACCCAUACGUAUUAGUGAUUCGGGUCAUCCGAAAAUGAGUUCUGUUAGCAUUUUGCAUUUGAUUAUAGGCGAUGUUAAUGAUAAUGCCAUGUCGGAGGGAUCAUCACGUAUUACGGUAUACAAUUAUAAGGGAGAGGCUCCGGACACCGAAAUCGGUCGGGUGUUUGUUGAUGAUUUAGAUGAUUGGGAUUUAGAUGAUAAAACUUUCCGCUGGGCCCAUGAUAUAUCACAUGAUAAUUUCCGUUUAAAUCCAUCUUCCGGCAUGAUAACCGUACUCGAAGGUACUCCCGAAGGUCAAUAUGAUUUGCAAUUUGUGGUCACCGAAGAGUCUACCUUUAUACCACGUCAUUCAGUUGAUGCCGAUGUAACGGUCAUAGUACGUGAGUUACCCGAGGAGGCAGUAGAUAAAAGUGGCAGUAUACGUUUCUAUAAUAUAACUAAAGAGGAUUUCAUUAGUGUUUCACGAGAUGCUCAGGCCGAUGAUAGUCUUUCGUUAAAAGAUCGUUUGCAGUUCUAUUUGGCUAAAUUGUUUAACACUUCCAUAGCUAAUGUCGAUGUUUUUACUGUUCUACAAACUUCCGAUAAUAAUAAUAAUUUAGAUGUACGUUAUUCAGCUCAUGGUUCACCGUAUUAUGCUCCUGAAAAACUUAAUGGCAUAGUGGCUCAGCAUCAGGAUGAAUUGGAAAAUGAAUUAGAUUUACAAAUACUUAUGGUCAAUAUCGAUGAGUGUCUGGUGGAGAAACUUAAAUGUGAAUCUUCCUGUAUGAAUACUUUACAUAAAUCUUCAGUACCUUAUAUGAUUUACUCGAAUACCACUUCGUUUGUGGGUGUUACAGCCUUCAUAGAGGCUCAAUGUGUUUGUGAGGCUAAGCGCAGAAACUAUUGCCUUAAUGGUGGUACUCCUAAGUUGGGUGAAGAUGAUGCUUGUGAUUGCAUAGAUGGCUUUACGGGACCUCAUUGUGAAUUGGUUUCGGUGGGUUUCUAUGGCAAUGGUUAUGCCUUCUAUGAGCCCAUAUCUGCCUGUGAUAAUACCAAGAUUAGUUUGGAAAUAGCACCACAAACCGAUCAUGGUUUGAUUAUGUAUUUGGGUCCUUUAAAUUACAAUCAUUUGUUGCCUUUAACAGACUUUUUAGCCCUGGAAUUGAUUAAGGGUUAUCCUGUUUUGACGGUAGACUAUGGUUCCGGCACCAUACGCAUAGAUCAUAGACAUAUACAGCUGCAAGCGGGCAAAGCCUAUCAAUUGGAUAUAGUGCUACAAAAGUCUAGCAUAGAAAUGACUGUGGAUAAUUGUCGUCUAUCGACUUGUAUGAGUUUGGGCGCACCCCAGGGUCCUAAUGAAUUCUUAAAUGUUAAUGCUCCUCUUCAACUGGGAGGCACACCGGUGGAUUUAGUGCAUUUAGGACAUCAACUCAAUUGGACUUAUGUACCCAGUCAACAGGGUUUCUUUGGCUGUAUACGUAAUCUUACGAUCAAUGAACAUACCUAUAAUUUGGGUGCUCCUUCAGUAUUCCGUAAUAUUGAUUCGGGCUGCCAGAGAGCCGUAGCUGUGGCAGUUAGUUUUGGCAUAGAUCGUAACUUUAUUAUAGCCAUUAUAUCUUGUAUUGUAUUACUGCUUAUCAUACUACUGGCCGUGGUGGUGCAGAAGAAACAAAAGAAUGGUUGGCAUGAAAAGGAUAUCGAUGAUAUAAGAGAAACUAUUAUUAACUAUGAAGAUGAGGGUGGUGGCGAACGUGACACCGACUAUGAUUUAAAUGUUUUAAGAACAACUCAACCCUAUUAUGGUGAGACGCUAUACAAAGAUCCACAUACACUACAUGCACCCAAUCUGCAGCCACAGGAAAUUCCCGAUAUAGGUGGCUUUUUGGGUGAUAAAAAAGAUAAUUGUGAUCGUGAUAUUGGUGCCUUUGCCAUUGAUGAUGUACGUCAUUAUGCCUAUGAGGGAGAUGGCAAUUCAGAUGGUUCACUCUCUUCACUGGCCUCCUGUACGGAUGAUGGUGAUCUCAAUUUUGAUUAUCUUUCGAAUUUUGGUCCACGUUUCCGCAAGCUAGCCGAUAUGUAUGGUGAAGAACCCUCCGAUACGGAUUCUAUUGUAGACGAUGAUCAAGGUUGGCGUAUUUAAGUUAAAAUUUACAAAAACAAAAGUGUAAAAAAGACAUUGAAAAAAACCUAACAAAACAAAAUUGAACAGACAGCUAAAUUACAUAUUUAGGAAAAAUUUUAUUGAUCUUCCAAAAACAAAACCAACAGAAAGAGAGAGAGCGCGUAUUCAUUAUGAAGUUUUUUUUUUUUAAAGAGAAUGUGAAUAGAUUUUUUUUAGUAGUAGUAGUAGCUAGAGUAGUAUAGAAGUUGUGAAUAGGUUUGCAGCUUAGUUGCUCUGUUUAAGAUGAAAAGACUUAUUUAAAACAAAACAUAAAAUGUAAAGUAAGAGCCUUGCUCUUCCUUUAUAUAUAUUUUAAACUAAACUGUAA